GUGACGUCACUGCGGCAGCAGCAGCAGCAAUCGCCCCGGGCCAGCGCUGGAUGGAGCGGGCGGUGCAGAGAGGAUAGAGCGCUUGCCUCCUCUCCCCCCCUCCCCUACACACAAAGACCCACACACACACACAUACCAGCCUACAGCCUGACAGCCUGACACCCUCCGCAUCUCACACCCAAAACGCAGUGGAGAAACGCUGCACUCUGCAUACAUAAGAUGCCUCUGGGGGAGAUGGACAAAACAUGGAAAAAGAAGGAGGAAAUUAAAGUGGCGUACGACUUCAAGGAAGUCCUGGGAACAGGCGCAUUCUCUGAAGUGAUGCUGGCGGAGGAGAAGAGGACCCAGAGGCUGGUUGCCAUAAAGUGUAUCCCCAAGAAGGCUUUGGAGGGUAAAGAGAACAGCAUCGAAAAUGAAAUCGCUGUCCUUAGGAAAAUUAAACAUCCAAACAUCGUGUCACUGGAAGAUAUUUACGAAAGUUCGACACAUCUCUACUUGGUGAUGCAGCUUGUGUCUGGUGGUGAGCUCUUUGACAGGAUUGUGGACAAAGGUUUCUACACCGAGAAAGACGCCAGCAUGUUGAUCCAGCAGAUCCUAGAUGCUGUCACCUACCUGCAUGAACUGGGUAUCGUGCACAGAGACCUGAAGCCAGAGAAUCUGCUCUACUACAGUGCUGACGAGGAUUCCAAAAUAAUGAUCAGUGAUUUUGGCCUGUCUAAAAUCGAGGGAACUGGGAGUGUGAUGUCAACAGCAUGCGGCACUCCAGGAUAUGUGGCUCCAGAGGUCCUGGCCCAGAAGCCUUACAGUAAAGCAGUCGACUGCUGGUCCAUAGGAGUCAUCUCCUACAUUUUAUUGUGUGGUUAUCCUCCAUUCUACGAUGAAAAUGAUGCAAAGCUAUUUGAGCAGAUUCUAAAGGCCGAAUAUGAAUUUGAUUCUCCAUACUGGGAUGACAUUUCUGACUCUGCCAAAGAUUUUAUUCAACAUCUAAUGGAGAAGGACCCGAAUAAACGUUACACGUGUGACCAAGCUUUGCAACAUCCCUGGAUUGCUGGUGAUACCGCCUUGGAUAAGAACAUCCAUGAGUCGGUCAGUGCACAAAUCAAGAAGAACUUUGCAAAGAGUAAAUGGAAGCAAGCUUUUAAUGCCACAGCCGUUAUACGUCACAUGAGGAAGCUGCACUUGGGCAACAGCCAAGAAGGGUCAGUGCAGAACACGCCAACCAGUCCGUGUGACAGGACACUUGUGCUACCAGGAGGGAAUUCCAAAGACGGUUCACCAUGUGAAGAAUUCCCACUUCCUUCCUCUCCACACUCUGCCGUACAAACGGAACAAAACCUGCUGACCGCCCAUUCUCACAGCUGCCAGUACAACCGAGUCUAAGUCCAGAUGGGGACCAUCGAUGUUCUGGUUGUUGAUGACGUAGUCAAGGCUCAGAGGCAAUUUAAAUGCAACACUCAUUCCAUUCUCAGUACAUGUUACCUGAGAGCCUUGCACUUGGGGGGGGGGGGGGGGGGGCUCCUUCUGAAUGCUCUUAAACCUUCCUGUUUGCCAGAAUGUCAAUCCAAUAGAACUCCUCCCACCUGUGAUAUGAUUACUGCUUCUGGGUGUGGGCAAGGUGAUUGCAGGAGUGAUCUUCAGUGGUGGUGACAAUUCGAUCCUAGGCUGUGUUUUAAAUUCCAUAUGUGGAAAAAUAAUUACAGAACAAGUUAAAAGUCAAAUAUCUGUGACAGCCUGAAAACUGGGACAGGGAUCCUCAUAUUUUAAAUGUUUUAAAUUGAUUUUUUUUUUAAGUUUAAAAGAGAGCAUUGAUAAGAAGAAUUUCUCUUGCCUCACUGAAACCCAAAUGGGUUUGUUUGCCUAAUCUUUUUCUUUACUUGUUUCGAUGAUUUAUUUGUCAAAGCUAAUCCCAUAGGUUUCUUAUGGCUGGUGACAUCUUAACGCUGCCAAUUCCUUGGAUCCUGUCCGUAAUUUUAAGAGAACAGCCCCAAGUAUCAUGGAAAUGUGUCACAUGAGUCUGACUGGAUAUCAAGGUUCUUUUGUGUAUGUGUAUAUAUUAUGUAAGAUAUGAUAAACUUUGUCAAAUGGUCUCUGAUCAGAUCCAGCGAAGCGCUUUCCAUGUUGGCCUCUGGAUUCCUGAAUCUUCUGAGUUUGCAGUUUGAUAAUGUGACCGUCACGUAUGAUCUUUCUUGAAGUGUCUGAGAUCAUUCUUAUCCAUUUUUAUGUUAAACCUUUAAUCCCUAAUAGUAGUUGGUUUAAAUAUCUUUGUGUUUGCUUGAAAUGUUUCAGAGCCUCUUCUGCGAGAGUUAGUGCUUGUCUGAUCAGUGGAUACUUUUACAAGAACAGUUUCUCAUCCUUUGACACGACAAGUGGCAUUUUAAGUUACUUAAAUUGUGCUGCUUUGGAAAUUAUUCAGACAUGCCAACCAGUGCCAUUUGUUUAAGUUAGUGAGUUUUAUUGAGUUGAAAGAUUAUAGACAGAAACAUAGUUGCUUUAAUUGGGCCUUUUGUACUUGCCUUUUUAUGGAUUAAUAGUAGAUUUCACCAUUUAAAACUGCUGAAAUAGUCAGAUUCACAUUAUGUUGCUUUUAUAUUUAAGAUGCUAAAUGGUUGGAGCUUCAGUGUUGAAUGCUAGAUAAGGUACCAACGAGAAAUGAUUGAUUGACUGCUGUAGAGACCGUAGAUUUUUAUUCGCACUUUGUAAAACAUGGAUGAAAGGGAGGUUUGCAUUUCUGACAGAAACGCUAUCAGAUCAGCUGUGCAUCUCAGUGGUGUUCAGACCAUUUUAAUCUGAGAUAUUUCAGUUCAGUUUAGUUUAUUGUCACGUGUACCGAGGUACAGUGAAAAGCUUUGAUAUUUGAUAUAUCCGCAAGGGAUAGACCACUCUUAAUGUCCGACGAGAUCUAGCUCUGGAAUAUUUUUUACACUACAUAGCAAGCUUUGGUUCUUGGCGAUGAAAUUGCACACUUAAGAAAUUUUAAAAUAUUAAGGGCUAAGUCAUUGAGUUAUGCAGAUUAAAACAAGUCUCCGCUUCCAUCCCAGAAUAUAGGCCCCUCAUAAUGUGGACUAAUUGAGACCACGAUUUUCCUACCAUCAAAAAAGAUACAAAGUGCUGGAGUAACUCAGAGGGUCAGGCAGCAUCUCUGGAGAACGUGGGUAGGUGACGUUUUGGGACAGGUCCCUCCUUCAGACUUGACCAUGGUUUUUCCGACCAUGUUGGCUAGAACACAAUAGGAUCCCUUCAAUAGGCGAAAUCAGAAGCGGCUUAAGCAGUGGCCCUAAUUCCAAUUGAGCACACAUUUCCUUGCAAUGUCUUUUACUGAGAGUGCAGUAUAGCUACGGGAGAAGCUAUUGAUGUGGCUACCAUUUACGUUGCUUUUUGAUGUGUUGGAUUGUGCUUGCUUGCAAAUAAAUGAUCAGUAAGUCAAUUUCAAUGAUGGCAGCUCACACCACCAAGGGAUCUAGAACUGCCGGGUCUGUAGAGGCUGCUGUCAUCUUGGCACUUUGGACCAGAUGCCACUUCUAAUACACGUUGGGUAAAAGGUGCUACUGCACUCGGGUCUGAACUGUAAAUCCUGGUGCUAAUUCUGUGCAAGUGCAGUGCUUUUAACUGGGUGAAUUAGAUUCUCAUGGCAAACUAGUAAAGACAUGGGUCAAACUCUCCCUAGCAGCAUCCACACCUCAAGGAUUACAGUUCAAGGAUUACAGUUCACUACCACCUUCCUAAGGGCAACUGGAUAUGAGGAAUUAAAUGUGUAGGAAGGAACUGCAGAUGCUGGUUUAAACCAAAGAUAGACACAAAAAGCUGGAGUAAUUCAACGGGUCAGACUGUACCUUUGGAGAAAAGGAAUAGGUGACGUUUCGGGUCUGACUGAUGAAGGGUCUCAACCUGAAACGUCACAUAUUCCUUUUUUCCAGAGAUACUGUCUGACCUGUUGAGUAACUCCAGCUUUUUGGGUCUAUGAGGAAUUAAAUGUUGGCUGAUGUUGCAAAUCCCACAUCCCUUGAAUGGAUAUACAGAGAAAAAAGAUGAUUAAAAAUGGGGAAAAUCCUGCCAAUCAACAAGGGUCUAGAUUUUAAUUUGAUUUUGUCUAAAACCUACAGUUUUCCCCUCUAUUAAUGGAGGCAUGAACUGAAGCAGCAGUGGCGUGACUCAUACCCAUUAGCCAGCUUAUCUUUAUAACACGCUGCCCACUCUGAUGUACAAACAAGUAACUGCAGGACCUGGUUUACAAAAAUAAGACAUAAAGUGCUUGCUGAGUAACUCAGCGGGUCAGGCAGCAUCUUUGGAGAACAUGGAUAGUGACAUUUCACGUUGAGUCGUCACUCUGAUGUUUAGCCACGGUGCUCAGGCGCUUAGUUGGGAAAGGGUCCCCAGAACUAUUUUUAAAAGUUUAAGCACUGUUUCUUUAGUCAAGUUUAAUCUGGAAGCAUGACCUAUACACGUAAACUGCAAUGGUAUUAAGCCAUGAACAAGUAAAUCUUGCGUCUCCUUGAGGGAGUCUCCUUGUAUUUUGAAGGGCGGCACGGUGGCGCAGCUGUAGAGUUGCUGCCUUACAGAGCCAGAGACUCGGAUUCAUCCUGACUACGGGUGCUGUCUGUACGGAGUUUGUACGUCCUUCCCAUGACCUGCGUGGGAUUUCCCCGGGUAUUCCAGUUUCCUCCCACGCUACAAAGACGUGCAGGUGUAUAGGUUAAUUGGCUUUGGUAUCAUUGUAAUUUGUCCCUAGUGUGUAAGGAUAGUGCUAGUAUGCGGGGAUCGCUGCUCGGCGCGGACUUGGUGGGCCGAAGGGCCUGUUUCUGCACUGUAUCUAAACUAAAUUAAGUCCAAGCAACUUGGUCAUUGGCCGCUGAUAGAAAAAUAUCUCCUUUUUGCAAAAAUAUAUAUUAAUGUGGGAAAAUGUAAGAUAAAUCUGCAAAGCUCUUAAUCAUAUGACCAGGAUGCAUUCUCAGUUGAGAUGCCAUAGAUUAAUCUGGGAAGAAGCUUCGGAUAUUUUGUGCACUAAAUUUUAAUGUCCUCAUAUAUGAAUGGAUUAUUCAGAAAGAUAUAUGAUUUUAAGAUUUUAGAAAAUUAAUAUGAUAUUUGACUUUGUAUGUGAGGGUUUAAAAUCCACAAAAGCUGAAAAGAAAAUGUUGGAAAUGCUGGGAACCUGUGAUGAAUAAACAAUCUGAGGCGUCGGUGAUAAUGUUUCUGGGGUAGACACUUCCUCAGAGGUUUGCACUUAAAACUUUAUACAUUCUUUCCAGUUCAAUGAUGCUGACGGAAGGGCUCGUAUUCUGGAGUUUGGUUUUACUUGAAUAACUUAUCAUCACCCAGAAUACCAACAAAUGUUUUGCGCUUGUACACUCAUGUUAACGGCUCUGAAGACCAGCUCCCUACUCUGAUCUUUGCAUUUUGAAACAGCUCUAAAAUAUUAACUGGUCAGCAUACGUUUUUAAAGAAAAUAUGUUUUUUUUUCAUGAUAUCCAUUCACAGGAUGAGAAGAGCAACAAAUAUUAAUAUUUAAAAAAUGGCCCCAGGCCACUCUGCAGCCAAUGUUUGUUCAUCCCUAGUUCCUCCAUCAAAGUGAUGACAGGAUUUCUAAACCACUCUGAUCAUUUUAUACAACUUGCUCGACCUUUUUGAGGGCAGAUUGCUGUGAGACUGAAGUCACAUAAAUGGCAGGCUUCUUUCCCCAAGGAAGUCUAGUGAGCCAGUGUUUACUUUUAUGACAAUCUCGUGGAUCCGAGGGCAGCAUUUACUGCUACUGGUUUUAUUUUCAGAUUUUAUUUUGUUAAACAGUUAGUUGAAUUUGUUAAUGUGCCAUGGUGGAAAAGCAACCUUCAUUUUCUUAAUCGAUUGGCAGGUGAUAAAUAAUCACAGUUUUAACCUAUGAUAAACACUGAGUGCUAGAGUAACUCAUACGGUCAGGCAGCAUCUCUGGAGAAAAAAGAUGGAUGAUAGGUUUUCCAGAGAUGCUGCCUGACCCACUGAGUUACUCCAGCACUUUGUGCCUAUCUUUUGGCAUUGUCGAGGAAAUUGACUUGGGGGAAAAUUGAAGGAAAAAUAGAGACUUUGUUUCGCUUUAAGAGGCUUUAUUGCAUGAUAUCAUGGAGAGAUUGCGGCCAUUAACUGCUCACCAGUUCUCCGUCUUUGCAGCAGAAUUAGCCGACAAUUAUAAAGUGCAGUAAACAACUUUUUUUAUUGUUAGAUACAAUUAUUCGAAAACAUACUUCGUCCUCGACUGUAUGUUUUCCUGUUAUCUAUCUACAUGUUAUCUAUCUACAUUUCCUACUAUCAACUACAUGCGUAUUAAUUAUUUCAUUAGUCAUAAUAUACUUUUUGUUUAUGUAAAUCUUAUUCAACAGCGGAUGGUUAGAGCAAGUCAAACAUAAUACAAGGGCAUCGACAUUUUAUUUCGUCUUUCAAGCACAUCGUGCCAGUGCAGGAAACACGUUGGGGGGAGUCCAGAACCGGGGCCACAAUUUAAGAAUAAGGGGUAAGCCAUUUAGAACGGAGACGAGGAAACACUUUUUCAUACAGAGAGUUGUGAGUCUGUGGAAUUCUCUGCCUCCGAGGGCGUUGGAGGCCGGUUCUCUGGACACUUUCAAGAGAGAGAUAGAUAGGGCUCUUAAAGAUAACGGAGUCAGGGGAUAUGGGGGGAAGACAGGAACGGGGUACUGAUUGUGGAUGAUCAACCAUGAUCACAUUGAAUGGCGGUUCUGCUCGAAGUGCCGAAUGGCCUACUCCUGCACCUAUUGUCUAUGUCUAUUGCCCCCUCCCCGAGCCAAUCAUAAGCCCCCAUUGUCUGCAACGUUUCUGUGCUUCUAGGGGCAGGGUUGCGGGUGGUCUGCCCAACUAUUGCUGUUGUGUUUCGUUUACCAACGCUACGCAUUCCCAGUCACAAAACACGGGAACAAGGUCAAUUCUAGGAGAUAACGUGUCUGAAACUUGUUUUGCUCUGCAGCUGGUCAACAACAGAUGUCGAUUGCCAUAUCCGCACACCCUUUCGUUACCUUAACAAAUUCCAGCCAUAAUUAAGUAUCUGGAGAUUUUAAUUUUUCUUCUACAGGCAAACACCAGCAAAAGCAGUUCUUAGUUUCCACAACAUGAACCCAACCUGUCUACAUUCUGAGUUGCAGACCUUAAUUCUCAAAGUUUCAAUUUGCUUUCAGAAUUGGCAUCUCCUCAACUCCCAACCUCCAACCCAUAACCUGCCCAUGUUUUCUUUUUGAGCAUGUAUAAGGCUAAUAGAAAAUCACUUUUAGUGCAAAGUAUGAUCACGAGACCCUUCACUCUGCACCCUGAGACAUGAUGAAAGAUUAAACUCACUAGUUAAAAUGUAAUGUGGCUGAAUGUCUUAUCUUUUCGGGCCUACCUCUAUUCCAACAGAGUACUAGGCAUUGGCAGGGCCCCCAGUCUUUACUAGAACAGGCAACUAUGUCAUUCCAAGGGUUGCUGUUACCGUUACCAACGAGGAUUGAACCGAGACUGGAACCUGUUAUUAUGAUCGAAAAGGUGAUGACCAUGCACUGUACAUCUCGUAAUAGUUUGCCAUUGAAUUGUUGAAAUUGAACUUCGACCAUCGUUCCCAAUCUUACCAAAGGGGAUUUGUAUUCUAUUGGUAGCGAUAGAUAUCAGUGAGAAUAUAAUUACUGGGGAGAGAAAUAAUAAAAGACACUUUAGGUCACCUGCAACUCAUUCUGCAUGUUCAGUCCAUUGCCCUUAAAUAGUGUAAGGAGAGCAGUGGUCCAAAACAGAAAUUAUAGUCUGUUUAAUUACAAUAUAUUGAGGAUGAAAUGGAGCCAUAUUUAUCUGUCUACAAAUGAAUGAAAUGAGAAAUUGAAAGACUUAACCUUUCAGAGGGUUAAUCAGGGUUUAUCAGAGCGGUUCAGCAAGUGUGUGUGUGACAGAAUGUGUCGAUGCACCAAAUGGACAAGUUAAAUGUGCUUCAUGCUCCCUGCAUGAUGAUAGCACCUCUGUGGAGAUUGUUUGUCCUCUGUCACGUUGAGUCAAAGUGACGUUUGUAAUUAUGUGAAAGGGUUUUUACUGGCAAUGUGUCAUUGGCAUUGGGGUUCACAUUCCCAGCAGCUUCAUUGCUGACCAUUUUCUCUGUGACUGUCCUGUUAGCCUCAGUCCAUCUCUUCGUGUGAAAAAGCAGCUAUCAGUGCAGUCACUUCUCUGCCCACUGCUGAGUUUGGUUUAAUACCUUACGUGGAUGUUACAGGUGAAGUCACAAUUGUCAUUAUUUUGCCUGUAUGAACUCAGCAGCUCUUUGCAUGAUGGGCUAUGAUGUAUAGUAAAUUUUCAGGUUCCUGUGUGAUAAUACAAGAAGGAAGAUGCUUACUAAACAUAAACUUAUUCUUUAGCUCUCAAUACUAUGAUUUGAAAAGAUGGUUGACUACUGUACAUUUGAACGUUUGCUGAUUGAUGUCGAACCUAAAUUUGCAUUACAGCAGUAGUUAUUCUGACGUCACUAUUGUACUUUGUAGUGGAGGAAAAGGGGCGAGAUAGAUGGUUUUGAUUUUAUUUUUGUAUUUUUACUAAGAAUACCACACGAUUCUCAGAAUUCAUAUUUCAACGCAGCCUUACACUGUUGUCACACAUAUUUUGAAAAGGUUUAUCUGAUCCACACAUCCUUUCACGUCUUAGUCUACUGCCUAACUUUAGAAAUGUCAGUGUCUGUAUUUACAAUGGUAGCUAUUUGUGCCAAUCUAUUACAAUGACUAUGACCUCCCACCACUGAGGGCACUGUUGAGUCUCAGUUUUUAAGCUCUGCUUCCCUGCCGUGCUGCAAAUAAAUUCCUAACAAUCGUGGGCUAUCCAGAUCGCCAUGUGUUUUCCUUUAACUAUUAUCUUAAUUAUCAGAGUAUCUUGCUCCAGGUAUCUCUGCCCAGUUAGUGAUUUCCUGUGCUCAAUAUCACCUUUCUUUUUGGCCUGAAGCAAUUAAAUGUGCAACACUAAUGAAAUGUACAGAGCUGUUGUUAAUCGACGAGAAAAUUAAAUUAAAUUUGGCAGAUGUAGGGAUAUAGGUACAUAGUUCCAUGAAGUUAGUAAUAUAGAUGGACAUGGCAGGGAGGAAGGUGUUUACAUGCUUGUCAUGAGGUCCCAGCUGUACCAUGAGGUUCCAACCCUUCUACAGUGUAUUGUGUAGAAGGCUUGGGACCUCAUGGUACAGCUGUAUAAGAUGUUGGUAAGCCCAUAUUUGGAGAUUUAUGACCAGUCCUGAUCACCCUGUUAUGGGGAGGAUGUCAUUAAACUGGAAAGGAUGCAAAAAAGGAUUUACCAGGUCUGGGCAGUUUAAGUUAUCGGGAGAGGUUGGACAGACUGGGUCGUUUUUUUACCCCUGGAGCUUAGGAGACUGAGGGGGGAGCCUAUAAAGGUUUAUAACAUCAUUAGCAGCUAGCUUACAUGCAUAGCCACUGUCUUUUCCCCAGGGCAGGGGAGUCUAAAACUAGCAGACAGGAGUUCAAAGCAAGAGGGGAAAGAUUUAAAAGGGACAUGAGGAGUAACAUUGUCACAAACAUAUUAGUUCAUGGAAGAGCUGCCACAGGAAGUGGAAGAAGCAGGUACAAUUAUAACAUUUAAAAGACACUUAGAUAGGUACAUGGAUAGAAAAGGUUUGGAGGGACAUGGUCCAAGCUCAGGCAUGUGGGACUAGCUUGGUUAAGCAUCUUGGUCAGCAUGAAGGUGUUGGACUGAAGGGCCAGUUUCCGUACUGUAUAGCUCUGUGACUAAAUCAGCAGAUUGGUUUGGCUUCUCUGCAUCUUCCCCUCUUGCCUCAUUUGUACUUUUAAGAAUCUAAUUAUGCUUUUAAGGGAAAAAAACGAAAGUGAAAAAUGAACAUUUAUUUGCAAUUAAACAGUUUCAGGAGAACUUAGUGGGAUGCUAGAAAAAAUUCUCAUGUUAAACAUGUCAUAAAAUGUUGCGACACUGCACUUCCUUAGGCUAGACUGUCUUCCACAGAUCACAUCCUCCACCCCAAGGACAGCAGUAGAGACCUGUUUUCCUUUUUUUUUUAUGCUGUUGAUUUUCUUGCAGCUAUCAUGAAGCUAGUCUUAAAAAAUCAAUAAAUAAAGCUGCCAAAGCAGCUCUGUGCUUCCUCAAGCCAGGCAAUGAUUUGGAUUUAUACUGAUACAAAGUCUAGAGAUAAACAGAAAGCUACAACUAGGGGAAGUACAAAUGUAUCUGGUCCAACCUGGAACUUCAGCUGUUGAAUGGGAGAUGAAUGACUUGACAAAUUAUUGGUGGAAUUAAGAAAUCUCAUCAUAGGAUUGCCACUGAAGAGAUACAUUCUCUACAAUAGAGUGCACAGCGAAGGUAAAUGUAGCUAACAAGACUUUAAUAGGAGACUUCAAUUUCCAUGGAUAAAAUGGCCAUGUACAGAGUCCUGCAGAUUAAUCUGGUUCAGCACAAUAUUACAUUUACUUUGACAACUGAUGUAUAUUCAUUAUUUUCCAGAAACCAUGUUUUUGUUCUUUAAAUAUAGAUUAAGUAUAAGGUUAAAUAGGGGAAGAGGGGGGCAGAUUAUGCUAGUUGUGUUGAGCAAACAUCUUCCUUUGCCAGUGCUUGUAUUGUGUUCUUUCUGCUCAUGUUUAAUGAAGACUGCACCAAAUUGCAAGCAGUUCUGAACUCUUUUGGUAUGGAUGCAAUGCAUCAUGGGUAAUAUUGAUUAUGCUAAUGGGAGCCAUUGAUUUGUACCUUUUUGAAAUUUGUUAUUGACCAAUAAAAUUGUUUGUCUACCCUCUGUUUGUAUCUAAA